AUGGUGUGGGCGGCCACACCGGGGAUGCUGUUCCUGAAGAACAAGGACAGCAGCCUUCACCCCCUUGACCUGUCCUGGGUGUUUGGCUACAACAGCAGCCUGGCUGUGCACAGCCUGAUGGACGGGGAGGACCGGGUGCUCCUGUACAUCUCCUCCCACACAGUGGUCAUCCACGAUAUCCUGCGGAACAGGCAGUUCCACCUGCAGGGCCACACCAAUGUCAUCUCCUGCCUGUGUGUGAGUGAAGACAAACGCUGGGUUGCGACUGCUGACAAAGGGCCAGAUGCUCUGAUCAUUGUGUGGGACUCCUAUUCUGGGGUACCCGUGCGCACCAUCUUCGAGAGUCAUUCCGAGGACGGGGUCUGUGCCAUUGCCAUUUCCCAAGACGCCAAGUAUUUGGUGACCAUUAGUGCUGCUGCUGUGCAGGAAGUUUGUGUUUGGAGAUGGACUUUGCCCACAGGGAAACCCAUGUGCAGCACAGAGCUGAAGCCCGAGUUUGGGUAUCAGAAUAAGCAGAAAGCAUUGCUCAGCUUGGUGCUAAUGCAAGUCUUUGAAUUUCAGGAUUAUGUCAUUUUUAACCCUCAGAAUCCCCAUGAGUUUGUCAGCAACAGCAAAACCCAGGUGAUAUUUUACCUGUGGGUAAGUAGGGACAUGGGAAGUUGUGUUUUUGGUGCCAGAAAGGAGAUGGCAGGGGGGGCUCAGGGGCCAGGUGUCUGUCCACAACUGGGGUCACUCUGCAGAUCUGUCCCUUCCCUGCUCCCUGUCUUGCCAGAUCCCAAAGUGGUCUGGACAGAGUAUCACACUCCCUCCACUCCCACCCUGGUCAGGCCCAGCUGUGGCAGGGAUGCUCUUCACCUCUCCCACUUCUGCUUUCCCAUGGGCCUUGUGCCAUUCAGCAGCUUUGGAAAGAAGCAGGAUGAUUCUGGUUUGCAGUACGGGGCACCAUUCCUGAGCAACCAGACCUUCAAGUGCCUGGUGGGACAGUUCAGCCAGUCGGUUUUCCAUGUUAACAACACCCAAGCUCUGACGGGCACCUCGGCCGGGAAGCUGGUGGUGUGGGACAUGGACAGUCCCCGCACGCUCCCCGAGGAGCUGCCGGCCAAACCCCACGGAGUAACAGCCACCAAGGUGGUGUCACUGCAGAAGGAGAGUCUUACCGUGCUCACAGUGUUGGAGAGCUGUAUAGUCACAGGUGAUGUGAAAGGGCAGGUUAAAUUCUACGAUGGGCAGCUGCGGCUCCUCACCAUCUACAGCCACGACAAAGUGGGUCCCAUCCAGUCCAUCUCCUUCUCCACAAUCCUUCGGGAUCGUCCCAGUGCCCUCCCAGGCAGCAGCCAGCCUUUUCUCACCAGGAACUUUAUCCUUUCAACCUCUGAUGCAACCAUGUUCCAUGUUGCAACAGACAGCACAAGCUUUGAAAGAAUCAUGACAGAGGCAAAGAAAGCUGUGAAUGCCAUUGCCUGCCACCCUCGGGAGCCACUCGUGGCUGUGGGGAGCCACUGUGGGCUGCUGAAGGUGUGGGACUACAAGCAGACCCAGUACCUCAUUAGCAGGAUAUUCACUGAGGCUGGCAUCCAGUGCUUAUCCUAUGAUCCUGAAGGUCAUUUUCUGGCUGCUGGUUUUACUGAUGGAAGCGUUUACAUCCUUGAUGCAAUUUCCCUUCAGUCCAUCUGCGAGGAAUUCCAGUUCUCGCAAGGUCCCGUGACUCACAUCAGCUUCUCUCACGAUUCCAAGUACAUCGCAACCGCUGAUGAGAAUUACUCAGUGACUGUUUACAAGAGAGUCCUACAAAAUGGGAGCAGAUGCUGGGAACAUCUGGCAGGGCUGGACUCCCACUACAAACCCAUCCGGAGCAUCCUCUUUGGGGUCCACUCAGACAGCAACGAGCCCAGGCUGCUGAGCCUCGGGGAGGACCGGCAGCUGGUUGAAUAUGACCUGAAGAGCAGCAUUAAGGACCACUUGGUAGUGACACACAGGGACAGGCUGGAGCAGGUUGCAGUGCCCCUGUGCUUGACCUGGUACCCACAGCUCAGCACUGAGUCCUUUUUCCUCACUGCCAACAACUGCUACAAAAUGAAGCUCUACAACACGACAACCAAAAUGUGCAGAAAGACCCUUUUGGGACCAACCUAUGGCUCCCCCUUGGAGAAGAUACAAAUCCUCCCUAGGACAAGCUCUGCGGACCCCCAGCAGCACUACCUGGUGUACAUUACAAAGGACAAGGUGGGCUUGCAGAUGCUGCCUGUCGAUGGCAACCCCCACAAGUCCUCAGCCUUCAUUUGCCACCCGGAUGGUGCCUCUGACUUUGCCAUCUCCCACGACGGGCGUUACAUCUUUACAGCCGGGGGGAAGGAGCGCACUUUUAUGAAAUGGAAGGUCAACCUACAUACCUUGAAUGCUGCUGCUUUCCUGGGUGGGGAGGACUUGAUCCCAUUCUACAACCUCCUGGAUGGCGGCAGAGAAGGCAAAUUCUUCAGGGAACUGGAGGACUAUUUUUACUACGUACAGCUGUGCAGCCAAGGUAUCAAAACACUGGAGACCAGACAGGUGUCAACACAUAUUGCCUUGGAGGAAAUUCCUUCUGUAAUGAGAGCAAUAGGAUUUUAUCCAUCAGAGGAAGAGAUUGAAGACAUGAUAAACGAAGUAAAAUUCAGCAAGUAUGCAGAUACUGGAGAAGAAGUGACAAAAAUCAAUUUAGAUGAUUUUAUCAAACUUUAUAUAAAUCAUCGACCUGCACUUGGCUUGUCAAUGAAAACCAUACAACGAGCAUUUCAGGUUCUUGGGUAUGAUAACAAGAAGGGAGACAAAGUUAUCGACAGAGGAGACUUCCUAUCACUGCUUCAGUGCAGAGGGGAGCAGAUGACAGAGGACGAGCUGGCUGAGUGUCUGACCACCCUGCUGGGCAGGAGACCCAGGAAAGAAAGAUCUGAACUGGACACCUACGAUCCCACAGGUGCAGCAGCUUUGAUUGAAGAAGAAAUUCCAGCAGAAAUCACAGCAGAGAUAUUUGUUGCAGACAUUCUUGGCUUACCUAUUGCUGAACCAGAAAAAAAAGAACACAAGGAAAAAGAAGAAUCUUUGAUCUACAAAGGCACAGAAUCUAGCGACCACUAGAUUUUCUGUUUAUUCCUACUUUCCAGGAUCCUCUCCUCAAAUAUCUGCAAAAUUUAUGGCUUGUGUUUAUUGCAAAAUAAAGGUCACAUAGUUAAAUUUCAGUCAAACUCUAGAGUAAGUCCCCAGUUUGGGCCA